AUGUCCGACUCGUACACCAGUUCAUCCUACUACUACAGCUCAAGUCGCAACGGCGACAACGGCCCAACAACAACCGGCCACCGCUACUCAACAACCUCCCUAACCGAAGCAGACGGCACAACGAUCGUCCGCACAGCCCGACAAGACCUCGGCCAACCCCCCGUCGUCGAAGAACACCGCUACGACAGCACCGGCCAAGAACAACUCGCCCUGCCCGGUCCAGGCGGCUCCUCGGCCGGCGGCGUACGCCGAAUCACAGACCUCGACGAAGAAGGCUCGUCCGAGUUAUCCGCCUUCGAUGCGGAAAGUUCGUUUAGCAGCGGUGCGACACCGCAGUUUGACGGGGCGGCGGUCCCGUUUGGUACGAGGGUCGUUGAUGUAGACACCGGUGCUUAUGAUGAGCAUAUGCAUUAUUUUGGUGAUAAGUCGAUGCGACAUCAUCGGGAGUUGAGGGAUGCGGCUGGGAGGAAGUUUACGAGGGAUGUGGAUUUUGAUCCGUCGGGGAAAGGAGGGACGGCGCAUGAGAGGAGGCAGUUUGAGAAUCCUGAGACGGGGACGAAGGUUGACAAGGAUGAGGAUGUGGAGGUUUCGGAGGUUCUUUAG